AUGUCCACCACAGCCUUUGGCCUGGGCUCCAAGUAUUUUGCAUUGUAUGAGGUAGCAGGGGUGGGAAUCCAGUGGCGGACCAUCAGCCAGUCUCCGGUAGAGGGUGAUGACUUUAACCUUGGUCUGUCCAUGAUGAUGCUCAUGAUCGAUGCCGGGGUGUAUGGAGUGCUCACUUGGUACAUAGAGGCCGUGCACCCAGGAAUGUAUGGGCUGCCCCGACCAUGGUACUUUCCCCUGCAGAGAUCGUAUUGGUCAGGCAGUGUGCGUGUCGAGACCUGGGAUUGGCCGUGGUGUAGGGGAGGGGCGGCCCGGCUCAGUGUGAUGGAGGAGGAUCAGGCUUGUGCUAUGGACCAGCGUAGAUCUGAGGAGAUGCGGGGCAUAGAGAAGGAGCCGAGCCAUCUCUCGUUGGUGGUGUGUAUAGACAAACUCACCAAAGUGUACAAGACCGGCAGCAAACUGGCCCUGGACAAACUGAGCCUUAACCUCCAUGAAAACCAGGUGGUCUCCUUCCUGGGACACAACGGCGCUGGCAAGACCACAACCAUGUCCAUCCUCACUGGCUUGUUCCCGCCCACCUCUGGUUCUGCCACCAUAUAUGGUCAUGACAUCCGAACAGAUAUGGAGCGGAUUCGUCAGAACCUGGGCAUGUGUCCACAGCACAAUGUCCUGUUUGACAAGCUGAGUGUGGAGGAGCAUCUGUGGUUCUACUCCAGACUGAAAGGCAUGGCUGAGGAGGAUAUCCGCAAGGAGAUGGACAAGAUGAUUGUUGACCUGGAGUUAUCUAAGAAGCGCCACAGCUUGGUGCAGACGUUGUCCGGCGGGAUGAAGAGGAAGCUGUCGGUGGCCAUUGCCUUUGUGGGCGGCUCCAGGGCGGUGAUCCUGGACGAACCCACAGCGGGGGUGGACCCCUACGCUCGCAGGGCCAUCUGGGACCUCAUCCUCAAGUACAAACAGGGCCGCACAAUACUCCUGUCCACCCACAAUAUGGAUGAAGCAGACCUUCUGGGAGACCGCAUUGCCAUCAUCUCCCAUGGGAAACUAAAGUGCUGUGGCUCGCCACUCUUCCUGAAGAGCACAUACGGAGACGGAUACAAACUGACUCUGGUUAAAAAGCAGAAUGAAGGCAGAG